CUUAGCGAGCGCGCUCCCGCGCCGCCGGAGAAAAGAAUGCAGUUGUCCUUUCGCGCAGAAAGACAACACAAGAAACGCCGAAUCUGUGGACCAAACACACUCUUUACACUCUCAUUGUGCUGACGAGAUAAGGAUAUUUUCGCGAGAGGAGGAAAGACAGGCGUCGAAAAAAGGAGGAGAAGAAGAAAGACAGCGGUCGAGAGAGUGGGAGGUCCAGUGCACCUCCAUGCUGGAAAUUUGAGGUGUCGUUGUCAGACUACAGUUGGUUCCUGUAGUCAGCAUCUUCAUGGAGGUGUUUUCGGUCCACUGACUGAGAAGACCUACUCUCAGCAGCCAUGUCAGCCUGCAGCACAUUCACGGAGCAUGUGUGGAAACCAGGCGAGUGCAAGAACUGCUUCAAGCCAAAGAGUCUGCACUCCCUAGCACUGAGCGGCAGGGAGAAGCUCCGGUCCGAACAGAGACUUCCAACGACGCAGCAGCAGAUUCCGCCCCAUGCCAGGACCAAGACCAACUUUUACCUUGCCAGCGGGAGUGCCAGCUCCGGACAGUUCCGUCCACCGGUGGCAAAGAAACCAACUAUUGCCGUGAAGCCCACUAUGAUGCUUCCGUGCUCUUUGUCGGGGUUGGGUCCAACAAAUGUCUUAGAACUUGGCAAAACAUCUGCCCCAAUGGUCUGGAAUCAGAGUGGAGUAAACCGUAAGAGGACCUACAGUCCAAGCAAUAACAAUGAGCGAGACAGUUCCAAUGAGAUUGAGGGUUACGAGCAGCUUAGACCAAGGACCCCAAGUGGAAAUAACAAUAGUGGACUGACUGAUGUCUUAAAAGAGAUUGUGGGGUUAGCCCCUGGUCCUAGCCUAUCUCCCGUCUCAAAGGACUUGUUUUGGGGACGAAUCAGUAGCUCAUACCGCAAGUCGCUAGAAAGAGGCCUCCCAGCUCCAAGUUGUUUGGCUAUGGGAAGUUGCAUUAGUGGUGGUGGUACCAGUCAAAAAAGGGUGUCCCUUAGUGAUAGCACAGAGAUUAUUAGCUCAGAGGGUGGGCGCUUCUGCUACCCUGAAUUUUCGAGUGAGGAGGAAGAUGAUGAAGAUGACGAGGAAGAAGAUGAGUACGAAAGAGACAAUGAACACGAGAGCUGGGACGAAAGUGAUGAAGAGUUACUUGCUAUGGAGAUCCGCAUGAGAGGCCAGCCACGAUUUGCAAAUUUCCGAGCUGCCACAUUGUCCCCAGUGCCCUUUGCUGCAGGCAAAAAGUGGAACACUGUUCCACUACGCAAUCGUUCUUUACAACGGAUUUGUGCAGUGGAUUAUGAUGAUAGCUAUGAUGAAAUUUUGAAUGGGUACCCAUCCAUGGACUCUACUGGAGUCAUUCUGACUUAUGGGGUUCAUGACAGUCAAGGCAGUGGUUUCCUUACCAAUUCAGAGUCUACAGUUUCUCCAGGGUCCUCAUCAUCUUUACCCGAGGACUCUCAGACUGCAUCUAGCACUGAGAGCAGUAUCUCCGGUGUUCAUCGAAACGGAUUGCAAUCCCCUGCACCAUUAAAAUCCCAUGUUACUUGUACUUCUCCAGCAAAAAAAGAGCCACCUCACAAAGCACAGAGUCCUGUGAAGGUCACAGAGACUCAUAAGGCUGUUCUGGCUAUCAGAUUAGAUGACAAGGAUCAGUCAGUAUUGAUGCCUCAAGCCCUUCCAGGUCAACCAGUGACUAUUAGUUUCAGUCCCACAGAAGAACAAGCUAAACCGUACCGGGUGGUCAAUUUAGAAAAGUCACUUAUUUGUAAACCUUACACUGUUGUAGAUGUUUCAGCUUCCAUGACCAAGAAAGAUGAAUAUAUAAAGGACUCCGCCCUGAAGCACAAAAACAAAUCAGUGCCCUCCAGCCCAAUAUCUCCAAUGUCUCCAAUGUCACCCAGUAUUUUAACUUCUCCUGGGUUGCCAGCCUCUGUUGUCCACUCAAAUGGGUCCAGAAAAAAAAUAGGGAGCAUGUGUUACCAAGAAGUAUGGACAUCAAGCACGAGCCCUCGCCAAAAGAUCCCCAAAGUUGAUUUGGGAAAUGGGAGCACCACUGGUCAGCCUAUAGCUUCUCAAUACUUCAGCCACAAAUCAGCUCCGACAUCUCCAGUUGCUGGGCUAUCUUCUUCCCGAACGGUACCCGUAAAAUCUCCCAAUUUAUCUGAGAUUAAGUUCAACAGUUUCAAUAAUGCAGGCAUGCCUCCUUUUCCCAUUAUCAUACGAGAUGAGCCAGCAUAUGCUCGCAGCUCUAAAAAUGCUGUAAAGGUACCAAUAGUUAUCAAUCCAAGUGCUUAUGACAACUUAGCCGUGUACAAGAGCUUCCUGGGUGUCAGUGGGGAGCUGACACAGUCAAAGGGGGUUGGCAGUCGGGCUACCAGCCAUACCUACGAAGAAAUUGGAUCCUCCGAGAGUUUCCAGUCUACCUCGACGGAAAAAUCCCUUUUUGGCAAAAGCACAUUUGAGAGAGCAUCUUUGGAAGAUUCAAAAGGUUCACUCCCAGCAGGAAUUAAAGCACCCAAUCUACAACCCAGAACCACUACAGAUUCGCUUACUGUGACUCACACUGUGGUGAACCCUCCAGGUGGGGCUCUUUCACCCACUGUAUCGGCUGAAAACACACCUAAAAGUAGCUGUGCUGUGAUUACACACAGUUGCAGUAAAAAUAAUGAUAUAGGGCAAUCUUCUGGUGUAGUCGUAAACCAUCAAGUGGAGGCCAGUGCCGUUCUCUCACAGAUAGUGGCCUCCAUCCAGCCUCCCCAGUCUCCUCCAGACACACUUUCGGCUCAUGACAAAUCUUCCAGUUCUGAGGAGCUUUAUGCCCUUCCACCUGAUGCCAUGAAAGAGACCCCCACAAGACCCAAGUCUCUAUUCUCUACUAAUGACGCAAUAGUUGCCAAGCCUAUUAAAGACACGCUCUCAAAAGUGAUGUCUAAAUCUCAGAGCGCGUCUGCUGCCCUCCCACUUUGCACCAGCAGGUUACAGCAAAACCCUCCUUUCCCCCCACCCAGGUCCACAUCAUCCCCUUAUCAUGCUUCAAACAUCCUCCAAAGACAUUUCAGCAACUGGACAAAGAGCUCUGUCUCUAGUUCCCCUGUGCGUCCCGGUGAAGGUGAAACAAGUUUAAACGGGGAUGGGAAGCGUAAUACACCAGAGAGCUCGAAACCCAAACGGUGGAUCUCCUUUAAGAGCUUUUUCCGUCGACGAAAAGAUGAGGACGAGCACAGAGAGAAGUCAGAGAAAGAAAAAGAGAAAGGCAAGUUGGUCGGGCUCGACGGAACCGUCAUUCAUAUUCUUCCACCGCCCCCGAUUCAGCAGCAACACUGGUUCUCAGAGGCCAAAUCUGAGGAUCCCACACAGAAACCAACCAUCGUGUUUACCUAUAAAAAGGAAAGUGGUGGUAUGGCAGAUGGAGAAGGAGAACCACAAGUAGAAGAAUGCAAGGAGACUGCAUUGCUGUCACCCAACGAUGGCCAGGAGGACAGACCAGUGAGCCUUGGUCAAGCAGCAACAUCAGAGUUCACUGGAGACGCUGGCGUCAACUACAAAAGCCAGGUGUCUGGCAGCGCCAACAAUGCCAGGGAUGGGGAACGUCCCGUUCCCACCCCUGUCCCCGCCAGAGUCAAUCUGGGGUUGGUGUUCGGGGAGGGCGAAGAAAACAACCGCGACAACCAGGAUGCCUCGACCAGCGAACGCAGCACCAGCCUUGGGGAGCCGGAGGAUGACGAGAAUCAGUCACAUCGCUCGCACUCGCCCGCCUCCAGCCAGUGCAGCGCCACGUACAGUAACCUUGGUCAAUCAAGAGCCAACAUGAUUCCGCUGAAACAGCCUCGGAGCAUGAAAGCAUCAAACGACACCCUUGCUUCCAUCGACCUGGAAGCCUUCACAGACCGACCGCUCCCCAAGGCCACCCCUCCACCCCUGCCGAAAAAGGCGGUACCCCGCUCCAGCACAGAGCCCAACCUUGGCAGUAAGGAGCCCCUGCAGGGUGCCUUUAGGCCUCGGGUGGAGGCCAAACCUGGCGGCACCAACCUAAGCGUCGCCAAUCCUCUCUAUGACCUGGACACCACCUGGGAGACGGCCAGUCAGAGCUCCUCGCUUAGCUCUGAGCCACAGCGGCCUCACGACCAGGAGAGCGGUGACUCCCUGGAGCUUCCGUCGGCCUCCAACGCCCAGGCCCGCCCCACUAACAGCGUGUCCUCGUUGGUCACACCAGCUGCUGCCACCAGGGAGAAGAAAGUCUACCCAAGCACAGAGUCUCUUGCUGGACGUAGUCGCAAAACUAGUCAAAGCACUGCCCCAUCCAAGCACCAGAGGUCAGCGCUGUACCGGGGCUUGGACAGCUGGGAUGAGGUGGUGGGCAGGAUUCGUGGUCUUCACACGGACACCUUGAGGAAGCUGGCGACCAAGUGUGAGGAUCGUUUCAUGGCCGGCCAGAAAGACCACUUGAGGUUCGGGACUGAUAGCUGGUCCCACUUCAAGCUGACCACGGGGAGACCCUGUUGUGAGGCCGGAGACGCCGUCUACUACACCGCUUCGUUCGCAAAGGACCCGUUGGUCAACUACGCCGUCAAGAUCUGCCGGAGCAAAAUGAAAGAGACUCAGCAGCAGUUAUUCCACAGUCUAGCCGUAAGGCAGAGCCUGCCAUUGCACUUCAACAUCCAGCAGGACUGUGGACACUUCCUUGCCGAUGUCCCCACCCGCCUGCUGCCCUGGGAGGAGGAGAAGACUGAAGAAGUAGAAGGUGAGAAGGUGAAUGGAGAAGUUCAAACAGAGUCUCCAAACAAUGAAUCGGCUGAAAGUACAGCCGGCGUCGUUGUGAGUGGCACCGCGCGCUUAAAGAGCAGAGUGGUGGUCAUCACACGCGAGGUGCCUUUCCAGACGGUGGCCGACUUUGUCCACCAAGGCGCUUCACAGCACGCCCAAAACCCAGAGCUGUACGAGCGCCAGGUGUGCCUCCUGCUGCUCCAGCUGUGUUCGGGUCUGGAGCACAUGAAGCCUUAUCAUGUGACCCACUGUGACCUUCGCUUAGAGAACCUCCUGCUGGUUCACUGCCAGCCCAGCCACAACCCCCUGGAGCCCAACAACAACGGCAGCAACUCCACUAGCGCUGCGCACGUCACCUGCUGCGCCCGCCUCAUCAUAAGCAACUUUUCCCAAGCCAAGCAGAAAAGCCCCCUAAUUGCUGCCGACCCCAGAGUCCUGAGGGACCACUCGCGGCUGGCGCCCGAGAUGAUCACGGCCACCCAGUUUCGCAAGUGCGACGAAUUCCAGACGGGGAUUCUCAUCUACGAGAUGCUACACAGGCAGAACCCCUUUGAGGAGACGCCAGAGCUAAAGGAGCGAGAGUACACUUGGGCAGACCUGCCCCCCUUACCGGAGCGAUCGCUAUACUCGCGCGGCCUGCAGCAUCUGGCCCGCUUACUGCUCACUGUCAACCCCUCUGAAAGGAUCCGUAUGUCAGACGCCCGGGCCUGCCUGCAGUGCCUGCUUUGGGGGCCCCGGGAAGACUUGUUUCAAGCUCUGGGCUGUAGCAGCUCGGGGCCCGUGACGGCGGCCACCUCCAGCAAGCGCCAGGCCACCCUCCAGAACUGGCUGGACUUGAAGCGCACGCUGAUGAUGAUCAAGUUCGCCGAGCGCUCCAUGGACUCGGCGUGCGGCGUAAUCUUGGAGGACUGGCUUUGCUGCCAGUACUUGGCUUUUGCCUCCAUCGAUAGCCUGAAUCGGGUGGUGCACAUCCUCCAGCAGCCACAACCGCAUCAUCACGCCAAGAACCAGUCGGUUCCUUCCGGGCACAACCAGACGCACCUAUCGCACACCUUCCACAGAACUCAGUCACAACCACUCUGAGUUCUUCUGCCGUGUAGUUGCUGUGGCAACAAUUUCCUGCCUGAGCGCAGUCCCUGUGCACAUGCUAUUGUUGGUGUGAGCUACCAGCACCUUGUAACCCUUUUAGAUGUGUUUCUGGGUUAGCAGACGCUUUUAAGAAAGGUCACUUUUGAAACUUUGAACUAUCAGAGUUCUGAUAGGAUUAGGUGCCAAAGUAUUUGGACAGCAACUCAAAUGGACUUGAACUAAAACAAUACAAAUGUGAUUGUACUUUCAGUUAUGAUGGAAAAGGUGUGCCAAAAAUAUGUCCAAGACCUUUAAGGAAAGAAAUAUUGAUUGUUUAAUUGCACUCCUGUGCCUAACUGUAUGUGUACACCUGACCAGCAGGUGGAGCUAGUGUGGCCGUACAGUAAACCACCUAAGGAGAAUUUCAUUUUUGAACAGAGAUUUUAUUGUUACAUUAUUUUUGAAAAUAGUGUGAAUGGUUUAAACACCUGAUAGUCUAAGAAUAAUAUAUUUUUGACCCAAAUAUUUAAAUUUCCACAGGAAACCAAUGAAGGGAGAUUAUUUUUAAAUGAAGGGAAUUGGUAGUUGAAAAAUAUAAAUACUCCACAUUCAAACUAAUAGUUUAAUACUUUUGCUCCUCCUAUAUGUAUGAAGACAUCCUAUAUCUAAUGUACCGUAUUGACCUGAAUAUAAGAUAACCCCUCUUCUUAACUUCGCAUUUUUUAGGAAAAGACUAUAACUACAAAAUGUAUACAUAAUAUACAUACAUACUUACAUACAUAUACAUAUAUAAAUGUUUUCCAUAUCAGUUGAGACACUUUUACCCCAGUGUUUCUCUGUUUGCAUCUCCAAUCUGUGUUUGUGAGUGACAGGAAAAAAAGCUCAUACUCACUUGACUUGGCGCCAUUUGUAUUAAGUUCAAGCUCCUGAAUUUUUAUAUUUAGGUCAAUAAGGUAUUAUAUAUAUACAUGUUUUUUAAAAAUAACCUCUUAAGUUUUUAUUUGUUUUUAGCUUUGCAACCCCUGUCAAACAUGCAAAUGUGCCCCCUAAGGGCUGUCAGCAGCAUAGCAUUAAUGUCCCGGCUUUGUCAGUGCUUUUAGGAUUUGGAAUUUACUCUGAAAUAUUAAUAAAAUCGAAUAAAGAUAAGGUCUUGUUAGAACAAACAAGACUUUUCUGGCCCACAGACCGGGGAUUUUCCUGUUUUACACUUAAGCCAAAGAUGUUUUGGUUUUUUUCCCAAGUACUGUACAUCUUUUUUCAACGAUCACAAGUCCCAAGUAAAAUGUUCAACAAAAAGCAUCCUGCUAAGUCCAAUGCUAUUUGUUCUUGUUGUGGCACAUAAACUUGAACCGUGUUCAAGGAUUUACACUUGUGGUGACCCGUCUCUCAAGUGGUCACGGCUUAAUUGUUUGAUUCCCACUUAACCAAACAAACCAAACAUGUGAAGUGUGAACGCAGCUUACAAGGCGAAGAACAUCGGCAUUGUGGACGAGCAAAAGGAAGAUUUGCCUCACCUUGAAUGAAAACACUUUGCUUUCUUUUUUGGGGAGUGUGUUGCUAGAUGUCAGCGUUGAACGUUGACAUUGACCAUUGGCUUUAAACAUCAACGUUGAACGUUGUCUUUUGAAUGUCGACGUUCAGUCGACUUUGAACGUCAGCGUCAAACGUCAUCGUUGAACGUCAACUUUUAAACGUCGUCUUUCAAUGUCAGUUUUGAACGUCAACGCUGAACAUUGAUUUUGAAUGUCUGAAUUAAGUCUGCGUUGAACAUCUGCUUUCAAGGUUGAUGUUGAACAAUGAUGUUGAAUGUUGUCUUUGAACGUUAACGCUGAACAUUGACUUUGAACAGGUGCGUUAAAAGUUUUGCGUUAAAAGUCAACAUUGAACGUUGAGUGGGACGUUGGCAUGAAUGUCGGUGUUGAACAUCGCCUUUGAACUUCGUCUUUGAACUUUAUCUUUGAACUUUAUCUUAGAACGUCGUCUUUGAGCGUUAAUUUUGAAUGUCAGCGCUGAACAUUGACUUUGAACGUCUCCGUUAAAAGUCUGGGUUAAAAGUCUGCGUUUAACGUUGUCUUUGAAGGUCUGCGUUGAAUGUCAGUUUUUAAAUGUCAGCGUUGUACAUCAACUUUGAACGUCUGCGUUAAGAGUCUGCGUUGAACGUCAACUUUGUACGCCAACGCUAAACGUCGACUUUUGCCGUAAUCUUUAAGCGUCAUCUUAAAACUUUGUCUUUGAAUGUCGGUUUUGAACGUCAGCGUUGAACAUUGACUUUGAACAUUUGCGUUAAAAAGUUUGCAUUAUAAAUCUGCAUUGAACACCUGCGUUGAACGUUGAUGUUGAAUGUCGUCUUAGAAUGUCGUCUUUGAAAGUCAGCGUUGAAUUUCAACUUUGAACAUCAACGCUGAAUAUUGACUUUGAACGUCCGUGUUGAAAGUCUGGGUUAAAAAGUCCGCAUUAAAAAAAAGUUUGUGUUGAACGUUGUCUUUGAAGGUGAGCGUUGAAUGUCACUUUUAAAUGUCAGCGUUGGACAUCAACUUUGAACGUCUGCGUUAAGAGUCUGCGUUGAACGUUGGCAUUGAACGCCGACGUUUAACGUCGACUUUCAGCGUAGUCUCUAAACGUCAUCUUGGUAGCUUUUUCUUUGAUCGUCAGCGCUGAACAUUGACUUUGACCGGCUGCGUUAUAAGUCUGCAUUGAACACCUGCGUGAACGUUGAUGUUGAAUGUUGUCUUAGAACGUUGUCUUUGAAAGUCGGCGUUGAACAUCGACUUUGAAAGUCAACGCUGAAUAUUGACUUUGAACGUCCGUGUUAAAAGUUUGCAUUAAAAGUAUGUUUUGAACGUUGUCUUCAAACAUUGUUUUAGAAGGUCAGCGGUGGAACGUCGACUUUGAACAUUCGACUUUGAAUUUCGCUAAACAUUGACUUUAGACGUCUGCAUUAACGGUCUGUGUUGAACGUCUGCGUUGAACGCUGAUGCUGAAUGUUGACUUAGCAUGUCUUUAAAGGUCAGCGUUGCAAGUCGGCCUUGAACGUCUACGUAAAACGUCUGCGUUAAACGUUGAUUUUGAACAUCUUUGCUGUUUGUCCACUCAGCGCUGAGGCGUGAUUGUGAUGGAGGUUAUUGAAGCAGAGUUGUGUUUUAUGACUUGAUUGGAUUCUUUGAAAUUGGAAACGUUCUCGGACGGACCUGUACCACUUUAGUCUCGCUGGUAAAACCACUUGCUGAGACGUGCUUCCAUUCCUCCUCCUUGCAUCUUCUGAGCUCGCAUUGAUCUUCACAUACUUCCUGUCGGCAAUGAAUACUCAUUCAACCCAUUGUCAAAUACUAUUAGAUUUAAUUUGGCAAUCUGGAUCAGGAAAGGGAAUUUAUUAUUUUGGCUGCACUUGAUCAGACUGUAGCUGUAGAGUAUCCAGAUCAGGAAAGGGAAUCUGUUAUUUUUAUAUAUAUAUAUAUAUAUAUAUAUAUAUAUAUAUAUAUAUAUAUAUAUAUAUGUCUUAAUAAGGUUAUCCAAAAAAUAGUGCUCGAUACCGUAGUAGAGCGCAAUAUAUGUAUG